AUGAUCCGAGCCCCGCGCUCGCCGUCGAACGGCGGCGGCGGAUGCCUCCUCGCUGUCGUCACGAAUGCCCACCACGUCUCCGUCCACGCCCCGCGAGAGCGCGUCGCGUCUGGAGGUGAGUGGGAAACGAUAUCUACACUCUCGGAGACGCAUGCCGCGCAUGCGGAACGAAUUUGUUUUGCUGAAGGCGGCCGUGGUGGCGGGGAUCUAGCGGAUCCAGAGACAUCCGCUCCGGUGAGCGCGCGGCAACAGCGCGGAAACGCGGCGUUGUCGACGGCGGUGACGCGAUUCGCGCGUCGGUGCCAUGCGUUCUACUCCCUCGCCCCACCCAUCACGGCACUUCCAAGCGCGAUCGACGGCGCCACUGAAUUUCGAAGUGGGUUCCCACACGCGCCGUCGCGCGCGGACGCGCUCGCCGUCGGUGCGACCGUUGAAGUGAGACGAUUGUCUGCCUGUGGUGGAGGAGGAGGAGGCUGGAUCCCUGGCCUGAUCACUGCCGUGGUGUGGGCUUUUAACUUUAGGAUCAAGGUCAAGUAUGAAACCUGCUGCCGCGGCGGUGAAGAGUCGGUCAAUGAGGAAUGGCUCGCGUUUCCAAAGGCGCCAUCUUUGACAGCUGCGACCGGCGAAGCCGGCAACGAACCAUCGUUUGGUUCCAAACUAGAACCUGUGGCAACGUUGACGACCACCGUCACUUCGUAUCGCUUCCCACCACAGUCGCAGCCACUGAAUGGACCUUCGCGAGGGAUCACGUAUUUUCUUCGCCCGUCCCCUCCCGCAGUCGUAGGAAUGGGCGCGGAAACCGCGCGCUGCGAGAUCAUGACGGAUCCAUCGCAAGGUUGGAUCCCCGCAGUCAUCAAUUUCGCAAAACGCGGAUCAAAAGGGAAACCGAUGCCGACGACCGCGUGCGCUGGCGUCGAGGGUGUAGGAGAUACGAAGACGUUCAACGCCGGGAGGUUGCGCUCGAGAGAGCGGGUCGCGUGGGACCUCGAGCGCGAGGGCAGUGGUGAUGCGUGCGCGUGGCGACCGGCCACGAAUGCGGAUUACGAUGGAACGCACGUCUUCAACCCCGACAUUGUCGCUGUCAUGGACGAUAAGGAAGCCGCGGUCGUAGACGGGGACACAGGCAAGGGCGCCGCGAAAAGUACAACAUCGAAGAGGACGAGCUCGCGAACGAGCACCAUCUCAAACAGAAUGUCGACGAUGGAUCAUCUCGCGGAUGAGUUUGACGCGACCGACGAUGAUGAUGACAAGCUCAAGGACGACGAGAACGUGAAGACACGAGACGGCAUUAGCGCGGCAACGCAAUAUGCGCGCAGUUACGCGCGACAUCGUGACUCAGCCGUCGCUGCGGCGGUGACCGCAGCGGCUUCGGCGACGACUGCAAGUAGUCGCGAUAAGAAUAUGAAGCGAAACUGUGACAGCGGUGACAUCGACGCCGCCGCGCACGCGGUCGUCGACGCUGUCUUUGGAUGCGCGUCUCUCGACUCGGAUACAAUCAGUGCGCUCACGAGCGAUGGUGUCAUCAAAGACAAGGGAGUCAAGGCGCGCGCGAAACGCGAGAUCAGCGCCAGAGUCCGCGAUGCGUUUCUCGCCGCUAGGGGGGUUCUUAGUAUCGACGAGAGGUACGAAGGCGGAGCGCAUCUUCGCGGAAUGGACAAGGUGCUCCUUGAAUGCGUGCUCUCGCACGUCUGGGCUGCGCACAUGCCAGAUGACAUCAAGAACGGGAGGGGGUUCAGCGUGAAGGAGUUAUCCGUAGACGCGAGGAUCGAGAUUCGCCCGUGUGUUCGCGCCCUCGCGCGUGAAAAUAACGAUGCCGAUAACGGGACCGCGCAUGCCGAUACGCGUGUUGGCAGCGGCGGGCGAGCGAGAAGACAGGCCGCAAUAGCGGCGAUGCGACGCAUGAAAACAGAAAGUGCCGAGGACGACGACGACAGGGCUUGUUCACGCGGAAGCGGAGGCGAAGAACACGUCGGACGAUCGGACGUCGAGUCGAGCGACUAUGAGACCAUCAUCGACUCAGAAGAAGCGUCGGACGCCCCGGACUCGGACUCGAAUACCGAAUUGGAGCCGCGCGAAGGCGGUAUCAAACGCAAGCGCGACAGCGCUCGUUCGUGCGAACGAAACGCCUCGACGGAAACGCUCGACGCAUACGCGGGAACGAGGCGCGCGGCGGCGCGCGCGGACACGUUAUCCGCGACGUCGAUUGCGUGGUCUCCGACGCUUCGAGACGGUCACUGCGUCCUCGCCGUCGGCACAAAGUCGGGUACCGUCGUUUUAUGGUCGUUCGAUUCGCGUUCCCGUUUGCGCGAGGACGGCGCCGCGCCGAAAACGACGCUCCUCGGCGCCGUCCUCGUCGCCACUGGCUGGGUGAACGCACUGAGAUGGAUCCCGCGCGGGAACGACGAUGCAGACGACGCCGAAUUCGAUCCGUUCAUGAGCGUGGUGAUCGGUUCGUCUGACGGUUCCGUGUCGCUCUGGACGACGUCGGACGCAUUUCGUUCCGCCGCCUCCUCGGACGGGAACCGCGCGCUCGACGCAGGCGCGUUGCUGACGCACGCUGUUCGCCUCCGUGGUCCAGACGAUGUGGCGACGACGGUGAUCUCCUGCGCGCACGGGCAAGACAAAGAUGGAUCAGUCGAAUCCGUUCUCGAUACCAGAUCAAUAUCUGUCGCCGCGGGGAUGACAUCCGGGGAUGUCCUGACGUGGCGCAUUCGCCUUGUUCGCGCGGAGAACGGGCGGGUGCGCGUCAUCCCCGGAGACGGACUUCGCACGCGUCGCGUCCGCGCGCACAACGCCACAUGCGCAGGAAUCGCGCACCACGCGUCCGCGCGCGUGUGCUCAAUUUCAGUCGAUGGAGACCGCGCGUUGAUAUCUGAGCUCUAUCAGGACGGCGCACGCGGGGGCGACGACGACGCGCUGUACGUGAUCGCGUCCGACGUGCUCAGGAAAGCAAAAACUGUUGACGUCGGCGGCGGCGCUGCGUUACCCGCAGAGUCUCAUGCUGGCCUCGCGAUUUCCCCGUGCGGAGUUCUCCUCGCAUCGUGCGUGUCAUUCUCGCCCGCGUCGUGUCUGCAGAGCACCGCGACUUCGGUCGCGGCGCGAACGAACCGAGGGAUGUUACGCGUCGAGCUACCGCCGGGGGAAUGCGUGCGAGAUGUCAUCAGCGCGGUUGCAGCUGCCACGCACACGUUGCCAUUCGCUUCCGAAAUUGGUUCGUCGCUGUGGGAUUUGUGCACGAUCGCGUCAGACGUCGGCAUCGAAGGCGGAAAAGCGCUCACGUCCGCUGCGGACGAGUUAGCGGCGGGUUGCGCGCACGCGUGCACGGGAAGGUCGUGUCAAAUCGUGAACGCAUUGCGCGCCUCCGCACGUGAUGAAAAAAAAAAACGUGACGACAGCGACAGCAGCGAAAGCGACGAUAGUUCGCUAGUCGCGCUUCGUGCGCUCGAGUGCGCGGCGUGUGUCAUCGUUCGCGCAUUUUCGGGGGACGCGUGCGAACGGUGUGGUAUGCUCGUGAGUCCUGUGUGCGGUGUCGGAGAUCGCGCAUUGCGCAGAACGAUGCGGUGA